AUGAAGAGUCAGUUUGAGGUCGAGAUUUCGGGAACUUCGGGGAACUUCGGGGGCCUUCAGGACAGGAUCAUGAACAGAUCUGAAAUAGAGGAAAAGAGGAAGAGUCAGUUGCUCGCGAGAGAUUCCUGGGUAGCUGAGUUGAAGACGAAGAGUGCCGGAGGCGGGAUGGAGGAAGAUCUGGCCGUAACGACGCGUGUAGGACGCGUCGUAGUGCCGUCAACUAGAGCUCGAGAAGCUCUGGAAGACGCUGACAGCACUGACGCUACUACUGCGACUAGGAAGACGACAUCAAAAGCAAAGCCAACUGCAUACUUGGAGGGCAUCUAUCGGGAGGCCAAAAGUUUAAAAGAAACACUCAGUAAACAAGAGAAAAUCAUCCAGGAAUAA